AUGGGCAGCCACACCAACGACGGCGAUGAUGGGCAAAGCCGGCAAAGCUGCUGGAAAGUCGACCUCCAGUCCAUCAAAACCGACAUGGUCAACCUCGCCAAACAAGCAGGUGAGAUGAUCACGACCGCGACCGCCUCGGCAGCCACAGCAGUCGACACCAAGAAGAAUUCUGCCGACCUUGUCACCGAGACAGAUGCGGCGGUCGAGAAGUUCAUCUCUACCCAUCUCAUGGUGAAGUACCCAACGUUCCAAUUCUUGGGCGAGGAGACCUACAAACCGGGCAUGAAACUGGGCAAGGAGCCAACGUUUGUGGUAGACCCCAUUGACGGGACGACGAACUUUGUGCACCGGUACCCAUAUGUGAGUAUCAGUCUCGGCUUCGCGGUCGACCGGAUCCCCUGUGUUGGUGUGGUCUUCAAUCCAUUCACGCAGAAGCUGUACUGGGGCGUCAAGGGCGAGGGCAGUUACAUCGUGGACGUGCAGACGGGCGAGGAGAAGCGUUUGCCCGUGAAGCAGGAGAAGGAAGAAUUCAAGGGCCUCGACGGAACGCUGGUCGCGAUCGAGUGGGGCAGCGAUCGGAGCGGCGCCAACUGGAAGUGCAAGACGGAGACGUGGGCGAAGCUCGGGGCUAGCAAGGAGGAGGGUGGCGCGAUGGUGCACAGUGCAAGGGCCCUGGGGAGCGCAGCGUUGAAUCUGUGUGCGGUGGCAGAGGGCACACUUGACCUGUAUUGGGAAGGCGGCUGUUGGGCGUGGGACGUGUGUGCUGGAUGGGUCAUCCUGAAGGAAGCAGGUGGGACCAUCGUCAGUGGCAAUCCAGGCGAGUGGGAGAUCCCAGUUGAUCACAGAAAGUACCUGGCUGUGAGAGCCGCGAAAGCUGGACAGAAGGAGAUUGUGGAGGAGUUUUGGGGCUUCGUACAGGGUACUAUGGAGUAUGAGAGUUGA